CCCCCAGGUUCCGCCCAGGCUCCCGCUGCACCAUGUAUCGCGCCGUGCGGCUCCUCGCGCGCUCGCGUCGCCUGGUGCGGGCUCCAGGCUCAGCCUCCGCUCCCGGCCUCGGAGAGGCGGCCGUGCUUCUGCUGCGGCCCCCGGACGCCGCUCGAAUGGCAAGCCAAAAUUCCUUUAGGAUAGAGUUCGACACCUUUGGUGAACUCAAGGUCCCGAAUGAUAAGUAUUAUGGCGCCCAGACUGUGAGAUCUACGAUGAACUUUAAGAUUGGAGGUGUGACAGAGCGCAUGCCAAUCCCAGUUAUUAAAGCUUUUGGCAUCUUGAAGCGAGCAGCUGCUGAAGUAAACCAGGAUUAUGGUCUUGAUUCAAAGAUUGCUGAGGCAAUAAUGAAGGCUGCAGAUGAGGUAGCCGAAGGUAAAUUAAAUGAUCAUUUUCCUCUUGUGGUAUGGCAGACUGGAUCUGGAACUCAGACAAAUAUGAAUGUAAAUGAAGUCAUUAGCAAUAGAGCAAUUGAAAUGCUAGGAGGUGAACUUGGUAGCAAGAAACCUGUGCAUCCCAAUGAUCAUGUUAAUAAAAGCCAGAGCUCAAAUGAUACUUUUCCCACGGCAAUGCACAUUGCUGCUGCCAUAGAAGUCCAUGAAGUGCUGCUGCCAGGACUACAGAAGCUACAUGAUGCACUCCAUGCAAAAUCUAAAGAGUUUGCCCAGAUCAUCAAAAUUGGACGCACUCACACACAGGAUGCUGUUCCGCUCACUCUUGGGCAGGAAUUUAGUGGUUAUGUUCAACAAGUAAAAUAUGCAAUGACGAGAAUAAAAGCUGCAAUGCCAAGGAUCUAUGAGCUCGCAGCUGGAGGCACUGCUGUUGGCACAGGCUUAAAUACUAGAAUUGGCUUUGCAGAGAAGGUUGCUGCCAAAGUGGCUGCACUCACAGGCUUGCCUUUUGUCACAGCUCCAAAUAAAUUUGAGGCUCUAGCCGCACAUGAUGCUUUGGUUGAACUCAGUGGAGCUAUGAAUACUACGGCCUGCAGUCUGAUGAAGAUAGCAAAUGAUAUUCGUUUUCUGGGUUCUGGUCCCCGGUCAGGUCUGGGAGAGCUGAUCUUGCCUGAAAAUGAACCAGGAAGCAGUAUCAUGCCAGGCAAGGUGAACCCUACCCAGUGUGAAGCACUGACCAUGGUUGCAGCCCAAGUCAUGGGGAAUCACGUUGCUGUCACUGUGGGAGGCAGCAAUGGACAUUUUGAGUUGAAUGUGUUCAAGCCAAUGAUGAUCAAAAAUGUGUUACACUCAGCCCGGCUGCUGGGAGAUGCAGCCGUUUCCUUCACAGAGAACUGCGUCAUGGGAAUCCAGGCCAACACAGAGAGGAUCAGCAAACUGAUGAGUGAAUCUCUAAUGUUGGUGACAGCUCUUAAUCCUCAUAUAGGGUAUGACAAGGCGGCAAAGAUUGCUAAGACAGCACACAAAAAUGGAUCAACCUUGAAGGCGACUGCCAUUGAGCUUGGCUAUCUCACUGCAGAGCAGUUUGAUGAAUGGGUGAAACCUAAGGACAUGCUGGGUCCAAAGUGAUUUAAAUAAAUUUAUAAUAAAAACAAUUAUGUUCUUAAAAAAAGAGAAAGAAAUGGAAAAGACUCCUUAUUCUUAAACAGAGAUGGAUGAAUGUGUAAGGAAAUUGCUCCUGAACUCGACUAUGUCUAGCAAGCAACUUGGUCGACCUAAGAAGCCCUAGGAUGUGCUGAGUUCAAAGUGAAUUUGAAAAGUGUAAAAUGAAGCAAUUAAAUGUGUAAAGUCAAAGGAAACACUCAUUUUUCUUCUAUGUUAAUUGACUGUACUAUAGUCGAAUCUCAUUUUGGUGUAUGUGUGUCCAUUACUUCACAUUCUUUAUAAAAGAGCCAUAUACAUUUUUAAAGAGUUUUAGUUUUUUUGCUUGGUGUUGUUUUCAGUUCCCCUAUAAUGAAAAAGUACCUGUUAUUUUGUUCCUAAGUCACAUACUUCCAUUUCUUUUCUUCUGUGAUUUGGGAGCAUAGCUCACUUGCCCCUCAGAUGUAUGCGCAUGCACACAUGUGUGCAUAUGAGUAUAUAUGCGUGUGUGUGCCUGUGCAUAUGUCUGUCAGGAAAUGGGGCAGGUUUAAAAUUGGGGCCGACAUAUUCCAUGUGCUGCGGACACACACACCCCCCUCCUGACCUUAGCUGAAUGACCACAGAAGAGCUGCUGCCUGUGGGCCAGGAAUUGUAGGGUGUGCAUGAGCAAGGACCAGGGUGCAGGCUGGAACUUGGGAAGAAAAGGGAAGGGGUCGUGAUCCCUCUGCCCCAAUGCCAGGAUCUUUCAGCAGGAAUUCAUUGGAAACAACCACAGGGGAUUUUGAACAAACCGGUCUGGGGAGAUCAGGCCUGAUUGAACUAAAACCGAAGCUAAAGUCUUGAUUGAACAUAGAAUCCGCCUCCAUUAUGGAGGCAGUAGGACAGUUUGGUUUGUUAUUUUCUUCAUUCCUCAUGUGGUAAAUUAUGGGAUCGUGGAGACAAAAUCCCGCCAGAUAAAACAUCUCAUUUGUAAGUAGUGCUCUAUCAAGUGUGUUUUUAAAAAAUGGGAAGCGCCACCUGAUACUUAUUCUUGGAAAAUUGGCGGUCAGCACCCAUUCCCUGUGGUAUUUAGAAGGCAGCGUAGAUAGCAUGUAAAAUUCUAAUUAAAGUUCUAGAACUUUUGUGAUGAAAAAUAGAAUUAUGUUCUUAUAAUCUCAAGUCUGAGUGGGCACUUUUUUUUUUAUCAUAAAAAGGAUUUCAAACUUUUCUGUGGAACUGGAAACUAUCAGAUAUACUUUCCAACCCAUCAAUAGUCGUUUUUGCCAGUGUUCUUCACAUGCUGGUGAUAUGAUGCUUGCACAGUUUGCUUUAAAAUAAAGCUUGCAUUCUCUUUGUCUACUUUGUUUCAGAAAAUAUUUUUACUGGAAAAAAAUCAUAUAAAUUGCUUAGUAGUGCCUGGAGGUUGACAACCCAGCUGGCAAAUGUGUCGUGGAACUUGGUGUUGUGGACGUUAUGCCUUGGCAGGCAUCCUCCAUCUAAAUAGGCCGUCAUAUGAGGGCUCAACUAGAGACGUAAGCAGUUAUGUAACAUAAUAGCAGAUUGAGUUGCUCACCUCAAACAGUCUUUGCGCAGCAUAUCUCUCCUCACAUAUUGUACGCCGUCACUGAGUCUUCUGAGCUGACAGUCAUCUUUGUGUGAUAUUUGUGAAGGAAAACUGCUUUAUGAUAUGAUCCUAAAUAAGUGUUUCAGAAUUCCCUGGUGGGGGGUUGUACUGAAUAAUCCACCUCAGUGUUUUGUCUUCAUGGGAUGUUUGGCAAUAUUUAGAGACAUUUUUGGUUAAAAUGUCAGAUAAACAUGUUUAAAAUGGACACAAAAACAAUCCAUUGAUUGUGAACAAACAUAGAAUGAAUGACAGGGGCUUUAUUGAGCAAACUAAUUUCAGAGGAGGAAAGUCAUGGGAGUUAUGAACUGAUCAGUCUGGAACUACCAACAUGACACACAAAUAUCAAGGAAAUGAAAAGUAAGUCAUGGGGCAAAUUUGCUCAUUUAACUGUUUAAUUUGGUUGACAGAAAAAAAAUGUAUUCACAAAAAUGUAUGAGAAUAUUUCAUACCCAAACAUUUUAAACAGCAUGUUCUUGGAUAGGGCUGUGUUAUGCCUCUUUCAUUUCCUCUUCAAUUGUCCUUUUGAUUUAUAACCGUGACAGUGAGAAAUCUGGGAGAGACAAAUUUAUUUUUUAAAGAUAGAAAGAUUAAGCUUAAAAUGGUAAUUUAGAAUCAAUUUGUUGGUAGGGAGUAAGAGGUACAAACUACCAGUUAUAAAUAAAUCAUGGGAAUGCAGUAUACAGCAUAGGGAAUACUUUAAUAUAACAAUAAAAUAUAGCAAUAUUGUAAUACUUUGGUGACAGCCAGUAACUAGACUUGUGUGGAGCAUUUUGUAAUGUAAAUAAUCAUUCUGUACACUGGAAACUAACAGAAUAUUGCAUUUCAGUUAUACUUUGAUAAUUUUCUAAAAGUUUGGAAGAAAAACUGUGUCAUGCAUCAUAGAAAAGGGUUUCUUAUAGCAAAUUUAUCAAAUUUAAUUCAGUAACUGGCUUUUGAGCAACUGAUCCAGAGCAACUUGUGUGUGUAAUUUUUGUGAGGAGAAAGAAGCUGCUGAUUAUUUCUUAUCAUUUGUGAGGUCAAGAGGCAAGGCACUGAGAUCAUGCAACACUGUGUCAAGCCAGACAUGUGAGGCUACUGUGUUGGUGUCUUCUGACACUCUUCUGACCCUUCACAUUAGGGUCCCCCCACCACCACUGCCAAAGACUGACUAUGGGUACCCAGCUACAGACCAGGAUGCUUAAAUGAGCACCAAAAAGCUCAUAGUACAAGCACUUCCACUCAUAAGCCUCUGGAAUGAGAAGCCUUCCAUCCCUGGGAUUGAAGGGUAGAAGAGAAUGAAGGUUUCCCAUACCAACCAUUACACUCUAACGGAUGAGCCUCCUCUGUAAGAAUCUGUCGUCGAGAGUGUUCAUUUUGCCUCCAUCCAGUGAGUAGGAAUGUUCCGUUCUUGAUGAGAGCUGCAUGUUUUCAUCAGUAACUCAGGGCUAUUCCUCACAUCAGAUGUUUAAGUAGAGGUGAAAUGUGAAGCUGUAUGAAGAAUGGCCAAGCAAGACGCAGAAGGAAGAUGAAAGGUAACCACUGAAGGAGAUAGAUGUGAUCAUGGAGGUUAAUCAGAGUGGCUCAUGCUCUAGACACUUGGAGGAGGAGAAAGCAAGUAGAUUCAGUGGAGUCCAAUUCCACCUCUGCAGCCUCCGGGUUAGCUUUCUGGCCACUACUUGAUGCCUAUGAACCCAUAUCCUUAUCAUUAAGAUGGAUUUCUUGAUACAUAUUUGUACUUAUUUCCCUAAACUCAACAUAUAUACAUGAAGUACCUAGCACAAUGCCCACCCCAGUUAGUGUCUCCAUUUCACUCCUUGAAGACAAUGGGCAAAAUUGCCAAACAUUGGACAGAUUUUUAAAAGGAUGAGACUGAGGUGAAAUAAGAUUCAGCCAUUUUUUCCUUCGAGUUUGUUCAGCUUUAUAAUUUACCUAAGCGGGAGCACUUUGCAGAAUUAAAGGAGUCGAUAAAAUAAUUAAAAUUGUACUAUUUUUGAAACAUUUAUGCACCAAACAAUUGUUUUUAUCAUAUUGGUGGACCUAUAAGUAGUGCUACUCAAAAGCUAAUUUCAAAAAUAGAAUUCUUUCCAAAAUAAUAACACAUGUAUGUACAUUAAAAAGCAAAAUUUAAAAAUAAUUCUAUUGAUUGAACAUUAAACGUUGCAGAAGCAAUAACUCUUGGUACCUGUUCAUAUAAUUUGGUCAGUUCCUUAUUAGUUUUCUCUAAUAAAGUGUCAUUCUUUUUAAAGAAUGUAUUUUUUCCAAAAGGGUCUUAUUAUUUUCAAUGUUUAUAUGAAAUUGUCUGUAGUCUUUAAAAUUGCACUAAUGUGGGAAACUUAGGUGGCUCAGCUGUUGAGUGCCUGCCUUUGGCUCAGGUCGUGAUCCCGGGGUCCUGGAUCUGAGUCCCACAUUGGGCUCCUUGUGGGGAGCCUGCUUCUCCCUCUGUGUCUCUGCCUCUCUCUGUGUCUCUCAUGAAUAAAUAAAUAAAAUCUUAAAAUUAAA